AAGGUUUCUAGAGUGGUGCCGCGACCCAACACGCGCCGAGCUUUGUAGAACGCGCGACGGGCGGGAAUACAUCAUUAGACCGUAUUGGGAUUAGCUUCUGGGGACAUAACUCACACGUGACUUCCCCGCUAAUAAUCCCCAUCCCCUUCGCCUAAGGCUCUAGGGUCCCUCUACUGUAGGUCUGGCCAGUGAAAAGGAACGGUUUCAGUACCGAGUACGGAGUAAGCUUAAACAGUAUAGCCUAAGGCAGUGAGGAGUUCGCAUUCUCUCCAUCACUACUAGUAUCUUCCGCAACCCCCCCCCCUCUUUCCACUUGGCAUCCACUCCUGUGGCCGUAGACAAUAUCUAUAAAACGAAACGAGGCCCCAUUGCAAUCUGAGACCUUAACGAUGAAUUUUUCUAUACCAUGAAACGCAGUCGCCUUGAUUUCGAAGCCAAUGGCGAUGCGUCGUCCGCUUCACCUCCCCGAGGUGCUCUGCCGUAUCCUGCGCCGGAGGCUAACUCUCGACGUGAAUCAAUACAUAUACCCAAGAUUUCUCGAAAAAUACGUGCGUGCACCGAAUGCAAAAGGCAUAAAGUCCGCUGUGAUAUGAAGGCAGGGGAAUCGGUCUGCUCCAGAUGUCGGCGCAUGGGCUUGGAAUGUGUCGUAAACAAGAGCCUCCAAACUUUGCUCGACGAUGAAGCAGAAUGGAAGACAACGAUAGAGCUUGCCAUGACCGAUUUGCUCAGAAAGGCACAAUUACCAGAGCUCUCAUACUAUCAAGCCGUUGGCAAGUCAGCAGAAACACCACACAAGAAGAGCGAUCGACGGGGAUCUACAGUAUCUACAGAAGACAUACAUACCUCGAGAGGCGAUAUUGGAAGAGAUGCGACCGAUGGUGGUGCCAAAUCAGUAACAGGAGUAUCCCACCCGCCUUCCCACAUCACCCAGCAACGAUUGCAAACUGCUAUUGACAGGGAAGAAAAACUAUUGGUUACAGCUCCGAUGGGCAGCUUGUAUGAAGUGACCCAGCUGAGUGAUAUUCAAGAAAGUACUCCCGAACGGCAUCAUACUUCGGACCGCGACACUGACCUGAUCUCGCGAGGGACUGUGGAUUUACAAGACGCGGAGGAGUUAUUCUAUUUCUUUGACCAGGUACUCAACCGCUAUCUAUGGGAUGGUAUAGCCCUUGUGCAUAAGGACCUCACAUCAGUCCGAAAUUCUUCUUCAAUGUUGGCUGCAGCCAUCCUCACUGUUACAGCUUUGCAUAUGCCCCAAAAAGAAAGACUUUUUGAUACCUGUUACACUGAAUUCGCGAAAUUGGCAUCAGAGUCAAUGCUUGAUAGACACCAUACCUUGGACGAUUUACGCGCUUUAUGUAUAGGCGCUUUUUGGCUUGCAGAUGUCAGCUGGAAGCUAUCGGGGUAUGCAGUACGUAUUGCAACCGAGCGCAAUCUACACCAAUCAUAUAGAAAGGCUACUCAAGGCUCACCUGAGCACCAAGAACAAGCAAGAUUGUGGUACCUUCUCUAUACUCUAGAGCACCAUUUUUCCAUCGCUUAUGGCCGACCACCUAUAAUUCAUGAGGACAAGAGUAUCACCAAUCAUAAUACUUUUACUAUGUCCCCCACAGUAACACAAUCCGACCUGCGUUUGCAUAGCCAGGUGGAUUUGUUUAUCAUCCUUACUCGCAUAUACCAUGCUUUUGGCCCCGACGUCGACCUUGAGGUACCCGAGAACGAGUUUACUACAAUCGACAAAUUUGACGCCGAUCUUGAGGAGUGGCAAUCUGGAUGGCUACCCCGCCUAGCCGGGAGUCGUUAUGUUGGUGCGUACCCCUAUAAAGCUGUCUACCUACACUACCAUUUCUCCCGCCUACAACUCAAUUCUGUUGCAUUGCGGACAUAUCAUUGUUCACUGUCAGCCCGCCCCUUAUCUAACGAGCGAAAAAAACGAGCAAACCUGGCCAUCGAAUCUGCUAUUGGUACUCUAUUGGUCGUUCUGGAUGAACCUGAUAUACAGAGAGCUUUGGUCGGUGUCCCGUUGUAUCUACAUAGCAUGAUCACCUUUGCCGCUGUAUUUCUGUUGAAGAUCGCAGCAAGAAGCUGCUCGAGCUGUAUUCCUAGUCAGCCAGGCAAGCAGAAUUCUAUUGCAUCAGCGGGUCUAUCCAUCGAUAUCGCAUACGUGCGGGCCUUGGUUGGACGGAUUAUUGAGCUGAUGGUGUCCUGCAGUAGGCGAGCUAGCGAGCGUCACCUCAGUCACCACAUAGCCCGUGGCCUGAGAAAAAUGCUUACGGGACUUGAGGAGUGGGAGAAAAGGAACUCUUACAACGGACAAUCCACAGGACAAAGCUUUCGUGACCCUUCUCAGAAUUCUAUGUUCAAACCCAUAAUCAUUCCUGGGGCACAGCCACUGGGUGAGCGGGAUACUAUAUUAAACCACCCGCCCCCGCUACUGGGCAUAGCUCCCUUGUCUGCUGAGAGAGGCAGUGGAUUUGAAUCUGCUGCGGCACAAUCGAAGCAACAGCCAGGUCUCUCGGAAGGCUCUGUGGAUCCUAUGAUGGCUGAUCUGUGGGGCUUUGAUGAGGAGUAUUUCCCUACAGGGGUCUUUGACUUCCUUCAGUCCCAAAUGCCCGCCUGAUUCAGGCCACUGCCUCCAUGAACCUUUGCAAAUUGUGACAGGGUUGUGCUUGUUAUACACACCUUUUCCUGGUUAUAGCCUUGAUUAGUUUCUAUACAGCAUUAGAGCAUUUUGGGGCGGAUCUUCAUGAGGUGGUGAAGCCUAAUUUACUUGGUCUCUUAUACACCGGGAUUUUCCACAUGGGGAGAGGUCUCGCUCGGCAUGCUGCUACAUGAACUGAAAGAACCUCCAUACCGGAGACCGUGUCCUAUAAUUCACAGACGA